AUGUUAGUCGUUAAACUCUGUUUGCAAAGAACUUUCAGUGUGUCUACCCUUAAAGCAGCUCUCUCAAAGUCCAGGGUAACCAGGCAACACUUUCAAAUUAUUCAUAAAAGGCCCAACAUCUUUCUUAUAACUUUUGGCCAUAAGGUGGAUGCCCAGCAAGUUCUUCGUAAUAAGCCUUGGUGUGUGCAUAAUCAAUUACUAGCUAUACAAGAAUGGCCUCCUAAUGUUCCUUUUGAUAAACUUAGCUUCAACUCUACCCCAAUUUGGGUCCAAGCUCAUGGCCUUUCUCCUAAUCAACUGAAUCUAUAUAAUGCUAAAUUGAUUGGUGAUCUUGUUGGCAAAUAUCUUGAAGUAGAUUUAACUCAAGAUGGAGCAAUAGGCUGCUAUAUGUUCUUGAGAAUCAGAGUAGAGAUACAUCUAGAUCUACCCAUCAAACCAGGUUUUUAUAACAGCAAGGCAGAUGAUACAAUAGAAUGGAUACGGCUUAAAUAUGAGAAAUUGCCUAAUGUAUGUUAUAGCUGUGGGCUAAUUGGGCAUAUUGGAAGGGACUGCAAGAACAUAGAAGCUUGUGUUGAGAAAGAACAACCCAAAACAAUGAAGUCGAUGUUUGGGCUUUGGCUUAAAGUGUCUCUUUUUCACUAUCCUAAGAAGAGCCUUAGUUAA